GGGGAAUAAUUUUAAGGCAAAUAGAAACCCUCCUUCUUCUUCCCCAUUCCAACAAACUGGAAUUCCGACACACACUCUCUCUCUCUCUCUCUCCUUGAAAUUGACAGCUACCAGAAAAGAAAGAAACUUCAGAUAGAUAGAGAGAGAAAUGGGCUGCGUUUCAUCGAAGCUCAUUAAGAAAGAACUGAGAGAAGAAACCAUUCUCGCCAAUGCCAGACCCGAUUGUCCUAACCAUGUUGUCUCCCUCACUUCCAGCACUUAUGGGGUUCUCAAAAUCGACAAUGAACAAGAACGAUCUGCAAAAGAAAUAGCCGUUGAUGUGGAACAACAGAAAAACCGAUCACCUCCAAGGGAGGAAGAAGAAGAAGAAGAAGAGGAGGAGCUGGAAGAAAUCAAUAGCUGGGAACUAAUGGGAGAUCUAGAAGAGGAGUCUCCAUUGACGGUUCAAUCGAAGAAAAGUCCAAAGUUCCUUCGUAAGCCAUUACCUGAAUUAGAUGCGAAAACCCCUCUGAAGUUCUUCAAUCAAUUACCCUCCCCGAAAAAGGUAAUCAAAUCAGCAGGAAAAGAAAACAGAGGUGGAACAUCAACAGGUUUUGGAUUUAGUCCUAAACGAGUUCUUAAAGCUAGCAACUUUCCUGGUAGCUGUCCAAACCCAUCUCCAAAAUUAAGGUUUUUAUCUAAGGGAUCACCAGAUUCAGGCAAAGUUCAGUCUCGUAGAAAGAGUUUAGGUCCAUUGUUCGAACCAGAGCAGAUCAAGAAGAUGGUUUCCGUUACACAGAGUUCCAAAGUUCUUGAUCUGUUCGAGAACAAAUGUCCUCCUGGUGGGGAAAACUCUGUAGUGAUUUACACAACAACUUUGAGGGGAAUAAGAAAGACUUUCGAGGACUGCAAUGUUGUUAGAUCGAUCAUUGAUUCUCACCAUAUUGAGAUGUUCGAACGAGAUGUCUCGAUGCAUUCUGUGUUUAAGGAAGAACUUAGAGAACUGAUGGGUGCUACUAAAAGGAUGAGAAUUCCAUCUGUAUUUGUUAGAGGAAGGAUGAUUGGAGGAGCUGAAGAGAUGGUGAAAAUGGAGGAAGAAUGCAAAUUGGGUAUUCUGUUCGCCGGAAUCCCAAAGGCUGCCGCCGCUUGUAAAGGAUGCGCCGGAGUUCGGUUUGUGAUGUGUAAGGAAUGUAGUGGAAGCUGUAAGGUGAUGGAUAAGGAUGGGAAGAAGAAGGUCAAAUGUGGAGAUUGUAAUGAGAAUGGAUUGAUUCAGUGUCCUGUUUGUUGUUGCUAAUUUUAAGGUUUUAUUGUUGUUAAGAAGAAGAUUUGGAAGUUUUUUCUUCUUCUUCUAUAUAUUCUCUGUCUUGGAGAUGAAAAAACUAGGGAAUUCUUCUCUCUUCUUCAUCUUUGUGUUUUAUUUCAUUUUAUUGAAUGAAUUGCUUUAUUCCUU